GCUUCACGUUUCUGUUUCCAUCUGCCUACAAGUCAAUACAGAGGCCACAUAUUACCCGGCAGCCACAUUCCCCGUGUAUGUGCAAGAUGGCCGCUGUUGUUGAGAAUGUUGUCAAACUGCUUGGAGAACAGUACUACAGAGAUGCAAUGGAGCAAUGUCACAACUACAACGCCCGACUCUGUGCUGAGAGGAGUGUCCGGAUGCCGUUCCUUGACUCUCAAACUGGAGUGGCCCAGAGCAACUGUUAUAUUUGGAUGGAGAAGAGACACAGGGGUCCAGGCAUGGCUCCAGGGCAGCUUUAUACCUACCCAGCCAGGAGGUGGAGAAAGAAACGACGAUCUCAUCCUCCAGAAGACCCCCGGCUUAUCUUUCCUCCUGUCAAGUCAGAGCUAGAUUUAGGGCUGAAGAAGGAUGCUCUGUCAUCAUCAGACGGCAGCAGCCUUGAGGCCCUGCUGAAGGGGGAGUCCCUGGACAAACGGAUGACCACAGAUGUCCGAGGCUCUGAGGAGGAUUCAAACCUGAGCGACUACACCGGAAGCCUGAACCCUGCUUCCCGCAUCAGAAAGAGAAUCCUAGAGCCUGAUGACUUCCUAGAUGAUCUGGAUGAUGAGGACUAUGAGGAAGACACGCCUAAAAGAAGAGGCAAAGGGAAAGGGAAGGGACGAGGGGUGGGAAGCAGCAGAAAGAAGCUGGAUACAGCAGCACUAGAGGACAGAGACAAGCCAUACGCCUGUGACAACACUAUCAAACAAAAGCAUAUUUCAAAACCUUCUGAAAGAGUCUGUGGGAAGCGCUACAAAAACCGACCCGGGCUAAGCUACCAUUACGCCCACUCCCACCUGGCUGAGGAGGAGGGCGAGGAGAAGGACGAGCUGGAGAUCAACGAGCCCGCCCUACCACUGCCUGAGGAGCCUAAAACUCCCAAGAAAGGCCCAGAUGGUCUUGCAUUGCCUAAUAAUUACUGUGAUUUCUGCCUUGGGGACUCGAAAACUAACCACAAGACCGGCCAGUCAGAGGAGCUGGUGUCCUGCUCGGACUGUGGACGCUCGGGCCACCCCUCCUGCCUGCAGUUCACUCCUGUAAUGAUGGCUGCUGUGAAGACGUACCGCUGGCAGUGCAUAGAGUGCAAAUGCUGCAACAUGUGUGGCACCUCGGAGAACGACGAUCAGCUUCUGUUCUGUGACGACUGUGACAGAGGCUAUCACAUGUAUUGUCUCAACCCGCCCAUGUCUGAACCUCCAGAGGGGAGCUGGAGCUGCCAUCUAUGUCUGGACCGUUUGAAAGACAAGGCAUCCAUAUACCAGAACCAGAACGCCCCACCAUCGUGAUGGCUGCUCUCGCCUGCACAUACUCAUCACUCAGCUGUCCCGCAGCAGUAUGCUUUACCCUUCAAGACAGACGAUAAUCUCCCCUGACGAGCUGACCUCAGAGGGCGUGUUCAGCAGACAGUAUACUGUAUUGUGAAAAGGGAAGUAUACCAUAUCAGACUGGUCUCACUUAGCUUCAGAUAUGACUGUUACACAGUUUCAAGCUCCGCAUCAGCCACAUAGAUUUUUAUCUUCACCCCUUUGUCACAUGGUUGGGGCACCCUGUAGCCAAAUGGUUAAGGGCGCGGCGCACCACCUACCCCGGGUAGCACACUGCAUGUGCGAUGUCAGCGGUCCGACCACCGACAUUUGUCGCAGGUCCCUCUCCCUCUGUCUCCCGUUUUCUGUCCGCCUCUUCACGACCUACUAUACAGUAAAGGCUAAAAGCCUGAAAAAACAAAAACAUUGGCCAUGUGGCAAUUCAAGCAGUGCUGAAUUUCUACAAGCCUACAGGGCAUAAAUAGCCAAAUUACAAUGCCCUGUUUUUACACACAUACCUACAAAGACGAUAAAACCAUGUCUCUAUCCUGCUAUGUACUGAUUUUAUGACUAGAGCAGAAAUAGAGCUUACUAGAAUAAAGUAGCAUGCCAAUGCUUCCUUGUGGUAACAAAAGACAUUUUAUAGUAUUUAUAUAUUUCUAUGGUAUAUAAUAGUAUGUCCAAAUUGGAAACAGGAUGGCCACGUAAUGGUCUCUUUAUUAGGGCCCAUCUCAUCAUUAUGGAAACAACCACUUUUCUUUUAUGGCACUGCUGAUAUUUAGUAAUUCACUUGAUCGAGUGAAAGGGAUCUGCUGAGACUGUAAAUGAGUUUCUAUCUCAUGCCCACACCGGUACACGCAUGAAUAGACACCCUGACAUAUUCGUCAAAGUGGCUCCAAAGACUGAAGGACUUGAGGAAUGGCAGCCUACACUCGAGUCUAGUUGUUGGCUCCUGUGUGCUGGUGGGCCAUUGAGCUCACAAAAAUGCACGUGGACAUACUCGUGCAUGUUUCAUUCAGGCUUUGGGGCUUUGUUGACAAAACUGUCAGCUCUUGGCUCUGGUCCUGACGACUGCAGAGACUGGGUGCUGAUAAUUGACUGAACAUCUGUCUUCAGCCUGGCCCUUCUUUGUUUGACAGAUGUGUUAAUGUUAGGAGGAUGAUUGUUCCUGUCACCUAAAAAUAUAAAUGUUAUUUGCACUAUCAGCCAGGUUAAAGGAUAAAAAGCCUUCACAUUGCUGUGUUGUAGCAGUUUGCUGAUCAUGCAUAUCUAAUAUCUGUUGAUGCUGUGGCACCACUAGAUGACUUUAUUGUAACUGAGGACUACGCGACCUUACAGACGAUCACUUGCUGACGAGGUAAAAGCAAUAUAAGAGCUUCUUUUGGCUGCUGGGAUGACAGGGACUCAGCAGAGUCAGUCUAGGCUCUGCUGGCAGAAAAUGUGUGAUACUGUAAAUUUUCACUAAGAAAAUCCUAUUACGGCUAGGAGACUGGAGCAGCACUUAUAGAUGGCUCCACAUUAUAGAAAAGCGAUUGUGUGUAUAUGUAUAGUCCUAUGGAGAGAUGGCUCCUGUUGUCAGUGCUUUCUCAUGUAAUGGUUUCCUUCUGUGGCAAGGCUAAAAGAACAAAGUCUGGCUGAACUGCCUAAGCAGUUACUUUACCUCAAACAAACAGUAUUUAAAGCGUGGAAUUAUGCUGUAAAUAGACUGGACAAAUGCAGAGGGAUAAAUAGUGAUGGCAGCUGCAGUGUCUGCUUCAGUAACUGCAUAUUCUACAGUUAAACAAGCGCAUGCUCAGUAAUUGUCUGCACUCUUGUAUGCUACGUAGUCGUCUCUGCGUUAGGUCGGCAAAGGUGUUGGGAAGUGGUGUAAUAUAAAUUAACCCAGCUAUCAUGUAAUUUCAAUAGCCAACUAACAAUUAUUAAUGCAUUACACCAGUAUAACUUGGUUUGUUUUCUCACCACGUUUUAACCGUACUAUUAUUUAGAGACAGUGGCUACUAGAAUAUUUUGCUGGUUGUUUUUGUAUUCAUGAAUGUUUGCGUACCUGAUGUGUGGAGCAUUUUGGGACUUAAUGGAAGUUGUUUUCUAGUUAAUCCUGUGAUCCAAGUCUCAGCAGAGCUCCUCUCUUCCAUGGCUUGAAAAUAAAGCAAAAUCCAUAACAUGAUUUUGAAGUAAAUUCGACACUGAAUGGUAAAGUAAAGAUGGACCAAGUAUCCAACUUCUAGGCUGCACUCAGAAAGAAGCCAUAAACAAGAAGGGGUCCUGUGGUUUUCAUUAUCAGUGGCGCCUGCAGGAUUAUAAUCCAUAGUACACACAAAAACUGCCUAUGGCAGAGUAAAUCUCAUUUUAAUGAGAAUCUUUUCACAUUUUAAGAUACUCUGCUCGUUUUUACGAGAUACUUUUCACGUCAUUAUGGCAUACUGUAUUUUCUUGUUAUAACAACGCAGGCUAUUUUGUCAUAACAACACAGCCUAAUGUAUUUUCUUGUAAUAACGUGAGCUCUGCUAAACUUGGAGUGAGUAGUACAGUAUGCACACUGGCUUUAAGCAGCACCUCCGUAGCUCAUUCAGUUCAGCAGCCUCUCUCUCAUCAGCACCUCCCAUACAGACUUUUCAAACGUGGCCAGCAUUGCAAUCGGGAGUUGCACUCAGGCCGGUCUUUGAGAAUCACUGAUCUAACACUUAAAUCCACAUACAAUAGUCUGCAAAUUAACACAUGAAUACACCUCACGAGCCAUGAUAAAUAAAUAAAUACCCUGCACGUCCUAUUGAUGUUACAG